AUGCGUGGGAAAGUCGAGCGGACUGACACCUCCGAGCCAGUUCGCAUGCCUCUCGCUGAGCGCACCCAACGCAUCAGUGAGUUGCAGAAACGCCUGGUGGGCAUCCAUUGGAGCGCUGACGUUGAGCCCUCGCACAAGCUCCAAGACUUGGUUGCACAAAUGGUCGCCGAUCAAUCCCUGCUCUGGCUGCCGUGGGAGCGCCUGACCAGUCGGGCUCUUGAGAUCACUACUGAGAAGGUCGACCAUUCUGUGGGGUUCGAUUCUGCUGGGAACUUGAAGUUGCUCCGCCGUUCCAGUGACCCCAGCUGCAGCACGUUAGGGGAAUACGCCAUCAAGUUGGCGCUGCAACGCCGCAGCCUUGCCUUCGAGUUGGGACGGAUUUGCCGCUAUGAGCAUUUGGAGCGCUGGCAUGAUCAGCUCUUGCAGACGCACAUGCGCUCUCAGCCACCAGGGAUGCAACGUGUCUCCCUCCAACAGCUCCGUGAGGCCGACAAAAUGCUGUGGACCCGCAUCGCUGAGGACACCAGAGGAGCUUUGUCCAUUCGACCCGAUGGCUCCUACCCUUUUGAGGCUUCGCUCGCCAAGUGGAAGGAUCACACGCAGGUGCAGUGCUACCUCAUCCCGUUGCUUAAGCAGCUUAAGCAGACUGCCCCGGAUCCAGAUCUUCCCCUUAAGCCCAAACAACCCAACAAGCCGCCUAACAAGCCUGUGCGCAAGGACCGUGAUCUUGCUCUCAAGCCUCCGACCAAUCCGCAGGCGCCCAAGACUCCUGGCGAAGGGGACAAGAAAAAGACCUGGACCGUGCCCUCCGGCUGCCACUCUCAGGACGCCGAGGGAAAGCCCUUGCGGGAAAGAGGUGCCGACGAGGGCGCCAUGUGUGCUGGAAGUGCCUGGGACCUCAUCCGGCUUACGAGUACCGGUGGCAACCGCUACGCUGCUGAACAGCUCGCCAGUUCGCUCCUCAGCCGAUCUUGCAUAUCUCCAGAUGACCUUUUGCGUUUGAGCCUUGCUUUGCCGUCGGAAGUCCCCGCCCGGGGAGUUGACAUUUCCGGUAGCCGUUCUGUUAGUUUGGGUGCUUUCGCUUGCUCCAAGCUCCCGGGCUUGCUUGUUCGCGACACGAGCAAACAGCACCCCUUGUCCACUCGAGUUUUCUCCCGCUUCGUCAGAGGACUUUGCCCUGACUUCACGUGCACUACGAUUGCAGUCUUUACAAACCUUAAAACCGACCUUCACCAGGACACUGCGAAUGACCCUGCAAGCCAAAACCUCUUGUACCCUUUGACCGCCUUCUCUGAGGGAGGUGUCUGGUGUGAGGACCCAGCCGGCAGUGUCUCCUUUUUGCAUCGGGGUCAAACCUUGUGGGGCUAUGUCCUUGAAGUCUCGCAAGGGUUGUGCUUUUUGCCUGCGCCCAACAGGCGACACGCCACCCUGCCGUGGAAAGGUGAUCGCUCCUUGCUUGUGUGUUACAGUGCCAAGGGGGCCGCCGAUAUGCCCUCCCGAACCCGAUCCUUCUUGGAAGCCCUUGAGUUUCCCCUUCCACCUGCCACUCAGACCAUCCCCAGGACCCUGUCCCUUGCCACACCCAUGUUUCAGGCCGACCCUGAUCGUCCAGGACCGCUCUUUGUUGAGCUUUUUGCAGGUUGCGCCCGCCUCUCCAAGUUCUGUCAUGCCGCUGGCUUUCGAGUCUUGCCUGUUGAUUCCCCAUGGAACCCGCGCAGGCCCGAGCAUCCCGUGCUGGUCUUGGACCUCACCGAAGAAGCCUGUCAGCAGCAGCUUCUGGCCCGGCUUCUCCAGGAGCCUCCCUUCGCAGUCCACAUUGCCCUCCCGUGCGGCGCUGGCAGUCGCGCUCGUGAGCGACCUAUCAGCAAGAGAGCUCGUCUCCAAGGCGCGCCUGACCCUCGUCCCCUGAGGGACGGUGAGAACGUUCUUGGACUGCCUGGGCUUUCAGAAAAGGAUCAAUUCCGCGUCGACAAGUCCAAUGAGCUCUGUCGCUUCGUGAUUUUCUUGUUGCAGCACCUGCCCAGCUCUUGUCAAAUAAGCAUCGAGAAUCCGGAGAACUCCUGGAUUUGGGCGGUCCUGGCCCACUUCGUUCGCGCCUCCCAGUGCCCCUCCCUGCUCAAGCGCUGGUCCUCCAUGCGGGAAGUGUGUUUCAGCAACUGCAUGAAAGGCGGCAAGCGACCGAAACGCACUCGCUUUCGGUGCAGUCAUGCUUCGCUUCAGAGCAUGGAAGCAGACUGCGACGGCCUGCAUGAACAUUUGCCCUACCUUGUCUACCGCUGCAACGGAUCUUGGAGUUUCUCUACUGCUCAGGAGGCCGAGUAUCCAGCGGGACUAUGCUCCGAAAUGGCGUCCCUCCUUUCCGCAGCAGCGGGCCUGCCAGCCCGACUUGAUCCCCCGGCAGGUCCUCGACCUUUGUGGCCGCAACAGAAGGGCGCCCGCAAACUCUUGUCUGAGUUUCUCGAGUUUCGCAGCGCUCCCCCUUUAGACCGGCCCUUUAAAGAGUUUACCUCCGAUUUAGAGGGUUGUAGCGGGAGGUUUGGGGUAUAUAGAACGCCUCAGGAGUUCGUCGAAUGUGCACUGGAGCUUGACCAUCCCUUCGACACCCAGCACUGUGUUCCUGAUGAGGUGAAGAGGAACAUCUUUCGGAGAUUGACGGAGGGGCCGACGGCUUUCGCUUCGGAAAGGGUUCAGAUGUUCCAGAAGCUGAACCAGCUGGAAAAGGAACUUCGAUAUGAGGAGGCGCGAUUACACUCAGUGCUGCCCGAGCAUGUUCGCGAAGUGGUCAAGGACAAGAAUUUGCUGCUCUGGGCACGUCUUUUGGAGGAGACGUCGUUCGCGGACGGGGGCGUCUUCGAGCUGAUGAAAGGAGUGGAUCUUGUGGGCAAGCCCGACAAGUCUCCGCUCUUCGACGUCAAAGAAGUCCCGGCAACGUCGGAUGGGAACCUGCAAUUGGAAUCUGCCAGCUGGAGAAGGGAGCGACUCAAGGGACGCGACCCGCACAAGGACGAUGCGGCUGCGAGGCAGAAGCUCUGGGAUUGCACGAUCAAAGACAGGGACAACGGCUUUCUGAAAGGCCCCUUCUACACCGAGAAUGAGGUCAAGGAGCACCUGGACGUCGACGAGUUCGUGUGCUCGAGGCGGUUCCUCAUAGAGCAAGGAACCCCGGAAAGGCCAAAGGCCAGACCCAUCGACAACUACAAGGAGGGGGGGGUCAACGAGGCUUACCACUGCCUGGAAAAGCUUGCUCUCUUUGAUGUCAAUUGGAUGACAGCCAUCAGCACGUGCAUAGCUAGAGUUUCUGAUCCUUCUUCACCUUUGGAAGUGGAGCUCAGCAGCGGAGAGGUGCUUCGUGGCGAACUUCAUUCCCAUUGGAAGGCUCGGCCGCCUAGAUGGCUGGGGCGCACGCUAGACCUCGAAAAAGCUUACCGACAAGUUCCACUGUCUUGCGAUUCACUGAAGUUUGGUGUCGUUAUGGUCACGGAACCAUCGACAGGCAAACACUGCUACUUCGUGGCGCAGAGCCUCCCCUUUGGGGCUACUUCUUCGGUAUUCGCUUUUAACAGGCUUUCGAGAUCGAUCUUGCACUUAAGUUGGCAUCUUCUGGGCCUGGUUUCAGGGUGCUUCUACGACGACUUUCCACUCCUGGAGGUGGAUGCUUCGGCAAAGCUUUCUUCCGAGUCAUUUGAGCACAUGCUUCGGAAGCUUGGGUGGAAGUACUCAACUGAACCUGAGAAAUCGCUGCCUUUCGAAGAAACCUUCGAUCUUCUGGGAAUUAGGCUGAACGCUGGCGGCAUCGCUGAUGGCGUGGUCUCCUUGCACAACAAGCCUAGCAGGUUGGACAGGAUGAAGGACGCGUUGCUCCAGAUGAGCUUGAGUGGGAAAUGGGAUAUUCAUUCCAUCCAAUCGCUGCAAGGGCAGGUGAAUCUUGCUGUCGGGUUUGCUUCGGGAAGAGGUCUAAAGUUGCUGCAAAGAGCCCUGGGAAGUUUUCUUCGCGAUCCCGGGAUGCGGACGGCUUCUGAUUUGCGCUCUCUCUGCGACUACGGGGUGGAUCUCAUAGACGCCUGCGCGCCUAGAAUUUUCGCUUGCAGGGGACCAGUGAGUCCCGUGGUGAUCUUUACUGAUGCUGCCUAUGAACAUGGGGUAGCGUCUUAUGGCGUGGUGGUUCUCGAUCCCUUUUCUGGCACACGGCUAGUCGCUGGAGGGAGGAUCCCAGACUCGCUGGUUGGCUUCUGGCGGUUGGACAGCCCUGAACAAGAGGCGUUCGCAGUGGUCGCAGCCCGAGAAUCCUUCUCCCGUCUGCUCACAGGAAGGAGAACCAUCUAUUUCGUGGACAACGAAGCUGCUAGAGAAGUACUGAUUAAAGGGGCGAGCAGAUCGCGAACGAUGCUGCUGCUGGCUGCAAUUUUCUUCGAGCUCGAGAAUAAAGAUCAUGGAGUCACGUGGCUGGAGCGCGUUCCGUCUCAGAGUAACAUAGCCGAUGCUCCGAGCAGAGGACUGGUUGCGGAGACAGCAGCCCUGGUCAAAGGUCGUGAGACUGCACUUAGUAUUGAGAGUCUGUGCGCGAAGUGCAUGGCUACUGUACAGAUACCCUGGGAACUCCUCAAAUAG